AUGCCGAGAAAACUUCCCUGGCAAACGUCCACCUCGACCGCGGUGGCACGUACAAAGCGGCCUGCUCUGCCUAGUUCGAAGCGCCAGAAAGUUGCUACCAAGAAUGGCGAUUCAGACGACCAGGCAGACUUGAGACCUUCAGUGCGAAAAGAAAGAGCAGAUCUAGAAGAUCCUCGUUCAUCAUCACCACCACCUGACCCUCCUCCAGAAAGCUUUAUGAUAGAGGGCAUGGAUGAUGAUGAUAAGUACCGCAUGGUUGAGGAUCAAUUCUUAACUAUUGCCCAAAAGUUUACUGUCCAUUUGCACGCUGCUGAGUACAAAAGGCAGCAGAAAAUAGCCAAAACUCGGAACGCAGAAACCAUCAGCUCCAUUUCACGGCCAGUAGCUGGUAAGAUGCCUGACCAGACGAAACGAAAAGUUGAAGCAGUCGAACGAGCCAAAGCUCAGAAGUCAGUUCUGGAAGGAUUGAUUGGGAAAAAAGUUGGGGAUGCCGACAUUUCUGAUGACAGUGAUGAUGGGGAUGGAUUACCGUAUGUUGGAACGAGCCUUCAUGGUCUGAUGGAUAGUCCAAGGAGAAAAGCCACUUCCCUGAGCAAAGUCAGUGCAGCAGCCACCACUCGUGCUGCGGCAGGAUACAAACAGUCAGCCCAGGCCCGGAGGAUGAGCCUUGGUUCUCCACAAUUUCGUCUCACUGCUCGAUCUUCUCAGUCAGCCAAAGUUCUCGAAGACGAUGCAACGGAAUCUUCUGCCGAUGAUGGCGAUCUUGAUGCAGCACCAAAGCUAGAAAGUCGAGAACGAAAGCCAACUCUUGUGCAGAAACUAAAUCUGGUGUCAGAGAAAAGAGAUUCAAAGACAUCAGACCUGCUUUUAUCGUAUGAGAGUCGUGCGCCCCGGUCAAAACAUUCAACGUCUGAUUUUAUAGAUGUACCCAAGACCGUCAAGACAGAGAUUUCAAGUCCACCACCAAAGCAGCGAGAGAGGAUGUCUAGGUCAGAGCUGGCUCGCGCGAGAAGGAAGAAGGAAGAGGAAGAAGAGAAGGCCAAAGCCAAAUUGGACAUCAUUCCAGGUUUCUUGUGA